UUGGAUCAGCCUAUACCUCACUGCCUCACUGGAUUAUACAAACCAAAAGUGUCCUCAACUCCACCUCCUCCUCAAUUACCUACACGCUGAGGUUACUGCAAGCUGGACGAACAACAACAGAAAAUACAACAUACGACAUCUCAUUUAUUAAAACCAUUGAGUUAGUAGCGUUUCCUGCGCAUCCAAGCUGCUGAAGUUGGACGCUUUGCGCGCGCGCGUCAUAACAAACUGUCGUGAAGGAACUGAAGAGACGAGAAUGAAUAUAUAAUCACUUACACGAUCUCUAUCUUCAUUUAGUCGCUUCCCAGGCAUUUCGGGAUUAUAUUUUUUAUUCUUCGGUGAUGCAACGUCGGAUUUUUUUUCUGUGUGGCAACAGACCAAGACUGAUUUCUGACGAGACAAGAGAAGAUUGAAAAACUAUUGAGAUCUAACACUGACAAAUGCAUGUCCUAAAUGUGGUAACAGAAAGUUACUCACGAAGAAAUAGGAGGGUCCAGUGUUGCACAUGUAGAGGGGGCAUCAGUAGCUGGUAUGUGCUCAAAGCUCUGGAAUGCUCACAUAGGUUACAACACCAAUACUAUCUGUACCUGCUGCAUGUUUUGCGCUCUGAGAAAUUAUUGCAUUCAAUGCAUCCGGAGUGGACAGUCUUGAUAAACGAAUAACGAUUAGCUCGAUCAGAUCCUCAAACGGGAUUUCUUUAAUGAAAGAGAGAGGUCAUAUGAACUGCACAGACCUAGAAGUGCGUCUCACGGAAAUCUUGGGUUGCAGAUCUGACGGAAGCACGUGCUAUUCGGUCUCAUCUGCGGCAACGAUGCUUUUCCACGGUCUGCCUGGAGGCGAGAUGCAUGGUGUUAUGGAAGAAAUGGAGCGGAGAGGAAAGAGCGAUUCGGCGACUAUCAGCUCGGCCAUAGAUAUGGGGGAAACAGAGACGAAUAUGCCCUCUAUCAGCGGGGAUCGGGUGGCUUUGUGUGCGGGCUGUGGAGGAAAGAUCUCGGAUCGCUAUUACCUGCUCGCCGUGGAUAAACAGUGGCACAUGCGCUGUCUGAAGUGCUGUGAGUGUAAACUAAACCUGGAGUCUGAGCUCACCUGCUUCAGCAAAGAUGGAAGCAUCUACUGCAAAGAGGAUUAUUACAGAAGGUUUUCGGUGCAGAGAUGUGCCCGGUGCCACCUCGGGAUCUCGGCCUCGGAAAUGGUCAUGAGGGCCAGGGAUUUGGUGUACCACUUGAACUGUUUCACCUGCACGACGUGCAACAAAAUGCUGACGACUGGGGACCACUUCGGCAUGAAAGACAGUCUAGUGUACUGCAGGCUACACUUUGAAACGCUCAUCCAGGGAGACUUCCCCACGCAUUUCAAUCACACGGAUGUAACGCCUAAUAAAGGACUGGGCAGCACGGGACCUCUAGGACUUUCUUAUUAUAACGGCGUGAACACGGUACAGAAGGGCCGACCGAGAAAGAGAAAGAGCCCGGGGCCCGGAGCAGACUUAGCGGCGUACAACGCAGCUUUGAGCUGCAAUGAGAAUGACGGAGAUCCAAUGGACAGAGACUCUCAAUACAGCACCAACCAGAAGACCAAACGCAUGAGAACCUCUUUUAAACACCAUCAGCUAAGGACCAUGAAGUCUUAUUUCGCCAUAAACCACAAUCCUGAUGCCAAGGACCUGAAGCAGUUGGCCCAGAAAACAGGACUAACCAAGCGUGUGCUACAGGUCUGGUUCCAGAACGCUCGGGCCAAGUUCAGAAGGAACCUUCUCCGUCAGGAGAACACAGGUGUGGACAAGGCCUCGGACGGGUCGACCCUACCUGGAGGAACACCGUCUGGACCUGCCUCAGAGAUAUCCAAUGCCUCCAUGAGUCCGUCCAGUACCCCCACCACCCUUACAGACCUUACGAACCCCACCAUGCCAACCGUCACAUCUGUACUGACCUCUGUGCCAGGCAGUCUGGACGUUCACGAAUGCCGAAGUCCCUCGCAAAGCACGUUGACCAGCCUUUUCUGAUGAUCAUCAUUCAGAGGACACGCGAGCACACAGACACCUGCUUCCUGUGAAGUCCGGUCAUGGAUGCGACCAGGGUUCGGCUCCGAUUCAAAGAGGAACAUCUUCAACAUCUUGUUCAAUUCAUGUGGAAAAAUCCACUGAAAUUAGAAAUGCAGCAUUACGUUAGCACUGAUCGUCUUUAUUUCAUUGCUCCAUUUCAUUGUGAUAGUCAUUCAUCAACGACCUACUGUCAUUAAAAAACAUCAAAACCGAUCUACCUGGGCAUCUUUUGUAGAGGCCAGUGAUAGGGCCAAUUGAAGUCAAAAGAUUUUACGACGACUCACGUUUGUCCGUGAGCCGCUUUAGAGUAUUGAAUCUUGGGGAAGACUUAAGUCUCACUGACAGAUCUGUUGAUCAUUUUCAAGUCUUUGAAACUAUUAAAGAGACUGGAUUCGCAUUUAAUUUUAUAUGUCCCCCAGCAAUGUUUACAGAAAGAGACUGAGACUGCAGCUGAUGGGAACUGAUUCAACCGUCAACCUCUUAUUUAUGUUCACACACAGGGGUCUGUGUGAGGAUGCCGGAUUACAAUGUGAAUAAUGAUGAGAUAAGUGUAAACAGCAAACGAUAGCCUGACUGUCAUGUGCCUUAAAUCCUGCAAUGUAGUCACUGAAGCCCUGUUAGCAUCGUUCAAAGAAUUACAUAGAAAAACGUGUAUUUUAAUUUGUUGAAUGAAAACGAUAAUUCGGCGUCAACACGGCACGCACGAAAAGCAGAG